AUAUAUAAAUCUAUCACAAUUUCAAUAAAUCAUCAUUAUUGUGCUCAUCCACAACUGUCACGAUGAAGUUUCUGUCAGUGCUGUUUGCCGUUGUGGCCAUUAUUGGUUUGGGACAAACUCGCCAGCUCCCAAAUUUCGGCAGUGGUUCUGUUUACGAUGAACAGACGUUGGUAGAAGACGAACUAAUAGAUUUUAUGAAAUUUAUACCGGUAGAGAAAUGGACUGAAGUGAUGACGAAAUACAUAAACGAAGAUGUAAAAGUACAAAGCGCUCUGCUAUAUUUGUUUGAUGUUGAAUUCCAUGAUUUGCUGCGUUCCAUCGAAGCUCUUAAGGAAUAUGACGCUCUAGUAAAGUAUCUGCAGAAUACAGGGUUGGAUGUUAUCAGCUAUAUUAAAAUAUUUCACAAAACAAUUGGUAUGGAAGAUUAUGUACCACCUCCUAAAGUAGAAAACAUUUUUGAAUCUCAAAUUGGAAUACAAAAGGUCGGUGAUGGAAUGGCAGGAAUGAUCAAAGAUCUUUAUGAUCUGUUACCUAUUGAUAAAAUUGAUGCUCUUUACAAACAAAAGUUGGAAAAUUCCAAGGUGUUUGCCGACUUUAUUGCAGCGCUAAAGUCUCCAAAACUACAAGAAAUAGUAACUAAUUUGUAUGGAAAUCAAACUUUCAAGGAUUUCGUCAUGAAAUGCAGAGAAAAGGGAUUGGAAUUCCAGGAAUUGACAAAACUUGUGGCUAGAAUAUUUGGUAUUCAAUUCCCAUACUAAAAUUGACAUGUGACAUUUUAAACAUAUACUCUUAAUAUUUUUUUUUCUUUUAUAUUAUUACAUACAUGCUGACCUAUA